AUGUUAUAUGAUAAUAUAUGUACUUCUGUUAUAGGAUACUUAUUCCAUUUAAGUAAAGCGAUAAUAAGCUUGAACCCGGAGACAAAUAAAGCUGCAAAAAAAGAUUUAUUGAAAGUUAUAACCAAACCCUUUACUGAGCUGAUAAUACAGGUAAACAGUGAAUACGUCUUUAAUGGGUUAGACGACCAUAUUGGCGAAGAGGCAGUGGGCGCCAUCUUGUUAGUUAUAGCCCUAGCAAUUCUCUGUAUCUCUAUGGUAGUCAUGGUAAAAUUACUUCAUCAGUUAUUGCGAGGACAACUAGCUGCGUUAAUCAAAAAGUUCAUCAACACCGAGUUCCCGGGUAAUGGCUAUUUCACGGGUUACAUUGCCAUUUUGUUGGGAGCUGGUUUAACCAUCCUGGUGCAGAGCAGCUCUAUCUUCACCUCCACGCUUACACCCUUGGUCGGUAUGGGAGUCAUUGAAAUUGAUCGAAUGUAUCCAUUGACUCUUGGUGCUAACAUUGGAACGACUACUACUGGUAUCUUAUCGGCUCUGGCCCAAGAUUCGGACCAUCAUUCCUUGCAGGUGGCUUUGUGUCAUUUGUUCUUCAACAUCAGUGGAAUCCUGAUAUUCUACCCCUUUCCAUUCUUCAGACCACCGAUUCCUUUAGCUAAAUUCCUUGGAAACCAAACGGCUAAAUAUCGAUGGUUCGCUAUUGUCUAUAUUUUCAUCUUCCCAGUAAAAGAAUAG